AUGGGUCUCAUACUUCCAACGGCUGCCUGCGCGGUGGUUGUUUAUUUGAUUUACCAGUAUGCCCUCUACCCCGUCUUCGUCUCCCCGCUGCGGAAACUCCCAGCAGCCCACUGGACAUGCCACUUCUGCUCGCUCUGGAUACUCUUAGCAAGGAAGAAUAAACAAGAAAACAACUCUCUGUUUAAAGCCCAUCUGGAAUAUGGUCCUGUUGUAAGGAUAGGCCCAAAUGAAGUUAGCGCCGACGGAGUCGAAGCAAUCAGAGCUAUUUAUCAGGGUGGCUUCGAGAAGGGUUUUUGGUACACGAUUUUCGACAACUAUGGAGUCCCAAACAUGUUCUCGACUAGCUCGUCCAAGUCGCACUCAGCCCGUAAACGCAUGAUAUCCAACAUCUAUUCCAAAACGUUCAUUCAAUCGUCACCGGCCAGUCAUUCUCAGCUAUCUCACGUGCUGUUCCGGCGCCUGAUACCUUCUCUAUAUGGACGUGCCGAAGCCAAGUCAAAUGAAGUGGGAGACAUGGAUGUCGGCGUCAAAAGCCAUCAACGCUCAGCGCGAAAUCACCACGAUGUUGAAGUUUUCGGACUCUUUCUAGCCGCGGCCAUGGAUUUGAUCACGGCUUAUAUCUUCGGUUUGUCGAACGGGACCAACUUUAUUGAGGACGAGUCACAUCGUCAAAGCUGGCAAAAGAUGUACCUUGCACGAGCAAACUAUCCUUUUUGGCCACAAGAGGUGCCUGCUUUGACAGCUUUCUGCAGCCGCUGGAUGCCAUGGUUCAGAUUAUAUCCAAAGUGGGUUGACGAGUCAAAUGAGGACCUGGGCCAAUGGAACAGAGAUCUCUGCGAAAAAGCGAAACAGGCCACGAGUGAGGAGGCAAAACAGAACCUGCAAGCCACGGACAACGAGACAGACGCCGCAGACGAACCAGUGGUCUAUAAUGCCUUGCAUGCCGGCAUUGACCGUGAAUGGCGUACCAAUGGAGAGAAAAGCCUUCUCUAUAGCACCAGCAUUCUCGAACGCGAUCCAGCUGUAGCGUCAGAGCUCAUGGACCAUUCCUUGGCAGGACAAGAAACCACCGGUGUUGCCCUUACGUACGCGACUUGGCAUCUGUCGAAGAUCCCGGAAUUGCAGGAAGAACUACGUGCUGAGAUUAUGUCUGUUGCUGCUUCCAUGAAACUCGAUCAUGGCUCGAUUCCAGAAAACACCAACGCCCGCCCGACACUGCCUGACCCAAAGACGCUGGAUGCGCUACCCCUUCUGAACGCAGUCAUCAUGGAAACUUUGCGAUUACAUGCACCAAUUCCUGGUCCUCAGCCACGCCAGACACCGAAAGACGGAUGUCACAUCGGAGGACAUCGCAUCCCGGGCGGUGUAAGGAUUGCUUCAUCUGCUCAUUCCCUUCAUCGCGAUGCUAGAGUGUACCUUCAGCCUGAAGAAUGGAUCCCAAGCCGAUGGCUACAGCCGAAGGCUAAUAAUAUUGAAGGGGCAGAGUUGAAGGAAUGGGAAGAACGGCGUCGAGAGAUGCAUAGGAAUUUCUGGGCCUUUAGCAGCGGUGGGCGGAUGUGCAUUGGAUCUAACUUUGCCGUGAACGAGAUGAAGUACAUGCUCGCGGCCAUCUAUGCCAAUUUCAAGACGACGGUUGUUGAUGACGAGGGGAUUGAACAGGAGGAUGCUUACACGGCGAAGCCAUUGAGCGAACGCCUUGUCUUGAGGUUCCACUCUUUGGAAACCAAGAUGGCGGCUGGAGGGGGUAGUGACUGUUGAAGGAGGGUUCCCUCGUAUAGCUAGCUAGGAAUAAUCAUCAAU